CAGCCAGUUGUUGAAAGGCAGUUAAACAUUGAACUUUGUUUUAUAAUUUGUGUUAUAAUUUUAUAAAAAUUAUACUUUUAAAUGUUUUAAUUACAUUAAUUUCAUAACAAACAUUAAAUUCCAUAAAAAGCUACACCAUGACUAUAGCGGAAUUGUUAAACUAUCUAUUUUGUCGCGAUCAGGUGCGCAUCUUUUGCGUUAAGGGAGGCCAGGAAUUUGAGUUCACCUGCUGGUGUCUGCUGUCGGCCGUGGCCAUGUAUGUGUUUUAUUUGUGGCGUGAGGGGCCCUACUACAACAAAACCAAUCGUUUGGAUGGCAAAGUGGUGGUAAUAACUGGCUGCAAUACGGGCAUAGGCAAGGAGACAGCCUUGGAAAUGGCCAAACGGGGAGCCCGUGUUUACAUGGCUUGUCGUAACUUUGAUAAAUGUGAAAAAGCUAGAAGAGAAAUUGUUACUCUAUCAGGCAACACCAAUGUUUUUAAUCGCUCUUUGGAUCUAUCCUCCCUCAAAUCGGUAAGAGAAUUUGCUGAGCAAUUUUUAAAAGAGGAAAAACGUUUGGAUAUUUUAAUCAAUAAUGCCGGCAUAAUGAGCACACCACGCAAACUCACCCAGGAUGGAUUUGAACAACAAUUUGGAGUCAAUCAUUUGGGACAUUUUCUUUUAACCAAUUUAUUAUUGGAUCUAUUAAAAGCCUCUGCUCCCAGUCGCAUUGUAGUGGUCAGCUCUCUCGCUCAUAUCUUUGGCAAUUUCGAUAAGGAAGACAUGAAUUUAGAAAAGAACUAUACUCGUUUUGGUGCCUAUGGACGCAGUAAAUUAUCAAAUAUUUUGUUUACCCGCAAAUUGGGCCGCAUGCUGAAAAACUCAAAUGUUUCGGUGAACUGUUUACAUCCCGGCUCAGUGCAAUCGGAAUUGACACGCUAUGAUCCGGUUUUGAAUUUCUUUAGUUCCAUAUUUUCCAAGUUCGUUUUACGUUCCACCAAGGGUGGCGCUCAAACUAUUUUGUUUUUGGCUUUAGAUCCGGAAAUGCAGGAUGAAACGGGUGGCUAUUAUGACAGAAUGAAGUUGUAUCCUUUGCUGGCCAAGGCUAGAGAUGAUGAAAUGGCUGAUUGGUUGUGGCAGGAAAGUGAAAAGUUGGUGGGUUUGAAGGAAAAGUCUUCGUAAAGAUAAGGUACUAAAGAGUUUUAAUACGAUCUCUAGUUUUGUAAUGUUUUGUAUUGAAAAAAUUUUAAAUUGUUAAUAAUGAUAAAGAAACCAUAUGUUUAAAAAUAAAAGAGUUAAAACCAAA